AUGAGAUUUGAGAAGAGGAGCCUGAGCUCGAUCGAGCUGAGGAUCGAGCUGAGGAUCAAGUCCAGGAGAGUGGAUUUGGGUGAGCCUGAGUGCUAUUAUUUUGAGGAGUAUGAGGCUCCAAGGAUGAACCCCUCUGUUGUGGCUGCCCACAAGAGGAUUGGACUUCUCCAAAAGUUCAACAAAUGGCAAGGGAAGGCCAUGGAAAAGAUGCAAAAGUCCAUGGACAAGAUGGUGAGCAAGAUCAAAAGUUUGGAGAAGAAAGUUUCUGGUUCUUCAAUCAAGAAGAAGAAGAACCCAUGGCCCCCACAUUCCCUAGGAGUAGAUCACUUCUCACCACUCCAAGGAGGCUCCCUGCCCAAGAGCCUCACAGAGCCUCUUCUUUCGAGCCAAGGGAAGGAGAAGACAACUCGCAGAGAAGGAGGAAGACUUCCAAGGCCAGACGCUCCAGCUCGACCACCGGACUCGAUCGAGUCCAAACAGAGGAAACUCAACUCGGUCGAGCUGACGGUCGAGUUGGCCUUGAGGGGUCAGAAUUCGAAGACCCUGGAUUUAGGUAUGAUCCAAGCAAGAGGCGAAUAUGAGUGCAAUUAUUCAAGAACAAGUCCACAAGAGACACAUGCAAUCAAAAUUUAA